CCUAGAGCACUACUUCCUCUAGAAGACCAGUGCGGGGCGUCUGAGCUCGCCACUGUUAAGUUUCACGCACGCAUCAGCCAACUUUUGGUCUCGUCCUGCUUGACCGCAGCUGGAGCACCUGGCCUCGUUUACAUAGGUAACACAACCAGCGUACUUCAACCACGGCAUUUGCAAGGACCCUGGGAGACGUGUCUGUGGGUGGAGCGCCAAUCUUGCCGCGCUCAGAACCAAGGGGGGAACCGAUUUAUGGACGGGAGCUCCCUCCCUGAACCCCCUCGUCGUGAAGAGCCUUCUCACCUGCGUCUAUUUUCCAAAGCAGUCGCCAGCAACAAGCCAGCGAACGCUGCCCACACACAGCAGCCGCCCGCGAACCCGUUUACGCGCUCCACCAACGUCGCCGCGAAGUCGGUUGACGCAAGUGCUGUAACGUCAGCUUCCUCGGCUCAGCCUAGCGCACCGGCGGCCGGUGCAGUGUCCGCAGCAGGCGUUCGUGCACCCGCAUUUGACUCCAGCGCGGCCAUCGGAGGCAGUGCAGCUCGUGGAAGCAGCGCUGCAACAAUGGAGCAACUUCACACAGAGCCGCACGCCAAGCGGCACAAGUCAAACGGACCGGAUGAGGACGAUGCCGGCGCGCCCACCGGGCCCCCUCCCAUGAUGUACAACGGCCACGGCGACUACGCCGCCGCUGUGCAGCAACAGCAACAGCAGCAACAGCAACAACAGCAGUACGCCCAACAGCAGCAACAGGCAGGCGCCGCCGACGCCUACGCCGCUGCCAACGGCGGCGCGCGGCCCGCCAUGCGCCUGGGCGGCCUGGCGCCGUCGCGCCCCGCCGUCGUGCUGCACGCCGGUGGCGCCGCCGCCGCGUCGCCCGCCGGCGGCGGCCAGUUCCGCUCCAUCGGCGCCGGCGCGCACCACGCGCACCCCGUGCCCACCGCGCACCACCCCGCGCACGCGCACAUGGGCGCCGGCGGCAGCGCCGGCCCCAACACCAUGGCCGCGCUGGCCGCCGCCCACGGCCACGGCCAGCCGCAGCUCGGCGGCAUGCCGGGCGUGCACAUGGGCGCGCCUCCGCCCGGCGGCGCGCCCAUCAACGUGCAGGCCAUGCUCCAGCCCGGCCUGGGGCCCUACGGCGGCGGCCUGCUGCCGCCCGGCUUCGGCAUGGCGCCGCAGCAGCAUCAGCUGGGGGCCCACGGUCACCCACAGCUGGCGGGCCACGGCCACCCCGGCAUCCCGGGCAUGCACGGCGCCACCGCGCACCACCCGGGCCUGCCCGGGGGCGGCAUGAUGAUGUACGGCGGCGGCAGCGACGGCAGCCAGGACGUGCUGGGUCGCCGCGCCAUCCCGGGCAUGCGGCCGGGCGUGCUGAUGAGCGCGCCCACGCAGGAGGAGGAGGAGGGCGAGGACGAGGACGCGGCGGAGGAGGUGCUGCAGCAGGUUGAGAAGAUCAGCGCCAAGCUGACUGGCGCUCUGGGCAAGAUCAACCAGAGGAUGCAGGGCAUCGCGCCCACCCUGGGCCCCGACGGCAUGCCCGAGGCCGCCUCGCGGCCGCUGGUGUCCACCGCCGACAUCGCCGUGGCGGUUGACAGCCAGGAGGUGGCCAACCGCCUCAAGCCCUACCAGCUGGUGGGCAUCAACUACCUGCUGCAGCUGGCCAGCCAGGAGGUCGGCGGCGCCAUUCUGGCCGAUGAGAUGGGACUGGGCAAGACCGCGCAGACCUGCGUGUACAUGGCCUGCCUGAAGACGCUGCUGCAGGACCCGGGCCCGCACCUGGUGGUGGUGCCGGCCUCACUGCUGGAGAACUGGCAGCGCGAGCUGGCGUCCUGGUCGCCCAACCUCAAGGUGGUGACCUACUACGGCCCCAGCCGCGAGCGCACGCGGCACCGCAUCAAGCGCAAGUGGGAGCGCAUCCUGAACGGCCAGGACCCCGGGCCCGACAGCGAGGACGACGAGGCGGUGCCCGAGAUCCGCAUCGGCGCCGACGGCUACCGCGAGGACGACGAGGCGGCCGACCCCACCGAGGAGGAGGAGGUGGACGAGGACGACGACCACGGCGGCGCCGCGCCCAUCAUCAGGCAGAAGGGCAAGGGCGGCGGCUGCGGCGGCCUGUUCGACGUGAUGCUGACCACCUACACGCUGUGGGAGCGCGAGGGCGCCAACUACUCCAUCGACCGCUCCUUCCUGUCCAAGUGGCCCUGGAGCCACGUGGUCAUGGACGAGGCCCACGCGCUCAAGAACAGCAGCAGCACGCGCUCCAAGAAGCUGCGCAAGGUGGCGGGGCUGGCGGCCACGCGCAUCAUGCUCACGGGCACGCCGCUCCAGAACGACCUGGAGGAGCUGCACGCGCUGCUGGCCUUCCUGCUGCCCGCCAUCUUCACCACGGGCGACGGCGCCGACGCGCUGGCGGAGCAGGUGGCGGACGCGGCGCGGCCCGGUGCGCCCCGCGACCUGGAGACGCAGGCGCGGCUGGUGGAGCGCAUGAAGGCACUGCUGCAGCCCUUCAUCCUGCGCCGCCUGAAGAGCGAGGUGGCCGACCAGCUGGUCGCCAAGCAGCAGCACAUCCUGCAGCUGGACAUGGUGCCGGCCCAGCGCGCGCUGUACGAGUCCACCAUCGCCAGCAUGCGCGAUGAGGUGCACAAGGAGGUCACGGAGGCGGCGGCAGCCGCAGCCGCCGGCGGCGGCCGUGGCCGCGGCCGCGGCCGCCCGCGGCGCGGCGCCGCCGCCAAGGCGGUGGCGGAGGCGGAGGCGUCUCCGGGCAUGCUGAGCCCGGCGCAGAUCAAGGGGCACCUGGACAUGAGCCGGCUGAGCAGCAGCCGCGUGCAGCACAUCUUCACGCAGCUGCGCAAGAUCGCGCAGCACCCGCUGCUGGUGCGCGCCAAGUACAACCAGGAGCAGAUCCAGGAGCUGGCGCACAUCUCCGCCACGCGCGGCCUGUUCGGCGGCGCGCCCACGGUGGAGCGCUGCCUGCAGGAGCUGUCCAGCUACAGUGACCACCAGAUCCACGGCUUCGCGCUCACGCACCACAAGCUGCUGGAGAAGUACAUCCUGCCGCAGGACAGCAUCCUGUCGUCGGCCAAGGUGAAGCAGCUGGACGAGCUGCUGCCCAAGCUCAAGGAGAACGGCAGCCGCGUGCUGCUGUUCAGCCAAUGGACGACGGUGCUGGACCUGCUGGAGUGGUACCUCAGCCUGCGCGGCUAUACCUACUGCCGCCUGGACGGAAGCACCAACGUGGACGAGCGGCUCAAGCUGGUGGACGCCUUCAACGCCUCCGACUCGCCCUACUUUGUGUUCCUGCUGUCCACGCGCGCCGGCGGCCAGGGCCUCAACCUGACGGGCGCCGACACGGUCAUCCUGCACGACGUCGACUUCAACCCGCAGAUCGACCGCCAGGCGGAGGACCGCGCGCAUCGCCUGGGCCAGACCCGCACGGUGACGGUGUACCGCCUCAUCACCCGCGGCACUGUGGACAGCAACAUCCAGGCCAUCGCCGAGCGCAAGCUGGCUCUGGACCACGCCGUGCUGGGCGACGUGGCGGUGGAGGGAGGCGGCGCGGGCCGGGGCCGCGGCCGCGGUCGCGGCCGAGGCGGCGUGUCGGCGGCUGAGGCCCGGCACAUGGCGGAGAUCCUGUCGGCGCUGCUGGUGCCCUCGGACGGCGCGGGAGCGGCAGCAGCAGCAGCCGCCGCGGCGGCGGCGGCGGCGGCUGGCGGUGACGGGCACGGCCAGGGCGCGGGCACCAGCGGCGGGGGCGCGGCUGCGGCCGAGCAGCAGCAGCAGCACCAUCACCACCACCAGCAGCAACAGCAGCAGCAGCAGUACCAGCAGCAGCAACAGUACCAGCAACAGCAGCAGUACCAGCAGCAGCAGCAACAGCAGCAGCAGCCCAUGGGCGGCGUGCCAGGCAUGCCAGGCGCCGUGAGCGUGGCAGGCAUGGCGCCGAUCCCGGGCAUGCCGGGCGUGCAGUCGCACCAGCAGCAGUACCAGCAGCAGCAGCAGUACCAGCAGUACCAGCAGCAGGGCAUCCCGGGAAUGCCGGGCGUGCCGCAGUAAGCGCGUGUACCUGGGCAAGCAGCGGCUGAAGCCAUGCAGCCGUUAACGGGUUGUUGUUGGUUACAAGGUGGUGUGCACGAGCAUGCGUGCUAUCCUGUCCCCGUAAGUAUUAGUGGCGCGGGCCGGUGGGCCCGUUAGCUUUUUGGAGGGCACCGCGGGGCUGCGUGUUCGUGAGAUUGGUGGCGAAGACAGUGUGGGGAGAACCCAGGUCAGCCAUCGGUGAUGUCGGUGCCAGCUUUGCGGCGACGAGUCGGCAGCGCGAGGAUAGUGGGCAUGGGAAGGGAUGGGAACGUGGCGUGUCGGCGGUUUUGGGAAGCGUGGUUGGCCGGCAGGCAGUGACGUGAGGUCUGUUGACGAGCUGGAGGCUGGAUUAAGCGAUUGUUGCUUCUUCCAGGGUUACGACCGGGGUUAACACAGAUGCGGCGGCCGCCGUGAAAGUCAUAUGAUUCUGAAGUCGACAUGCUCAAGUAUCGUUCGUAACUAGCAGCGCAGUGCGGCGGCGCUGCUGCCGCUGCGCACGUGGGUAUGCUGAUGCACGUGUUUGCUGGUUCAGAGUUCAUGAUAUUGUGCGCUUGAGGACCAGUAUGUUACUACUCGCCUCCAACAAAAAACAGUGCGCCCGAUUUGUGCCUGGUUAGCCAUGGCAGUUUGAAGCAGUCCUGGAGCGGCCAGGCAAAGGUGCAGCAGACGGCGUGUUUGCCGUGCAAACAAAAGAUUUUGGAGAUGGGACGUGUGACCGCGACGGGCAGUGUGUUUGCGUGCGUAUCGUUUGUGUGGUUGGUAUUACAACGUUUUCUCGACUGCCUUGUGUAGCCUCGCGUGUGUGCACGUGUGCUUGUUUGUGUCCAUUACAGUCCGCACACAAGUCCGUACACCUUCGCGUCAUGUUAUCUGCAGCCGCCACUCGGGCGCGCCGGGUUGCGACAUUGUGCGUCUUUGCAGAGGACGCGCGGCCUGGGGCCGUUGUGCGUUUGCUGUGAGUGAGUGCGAGCGGGCUGAGCAUUGGCGCAGACUGCGUGCUUUAGCCCUGUGUGUAGUAGAUCUAUGCGGUAUUUAGGGCGCUGCCCCUGUCAGCCUGGGUGCGGAAGGGUUGUGUCGCGGGUCUGCACACAUCGCAGCGCUUGUGCGUGUGUAUGGCCUUCGCCAUUGCAGCUCGCUGGCCCCUCUGCAGAGGUGCGAGGCGCCUGGUAAGGGCUGCGGGGCUAUGAGAGGCCACACACGCGCGCAUGCGCAUGGAAACGCAAUCCUGGGACCUUGUCAGAAUGGGCGCGGACAGCGGCUUGGUCGGCGGCAAGCAGGGUAUAUGGCGGCAAGCAGGGGCUCCGGGGCUGGCUCAAGACGAAAGGCGUUGGCAGACGGGUGCGAGCGUGGCCUUGAGUGGCUGCCGCAUGCACACAUAUGUGUUCCACACGAUCUUGUCACGCCGGAGGGGGGAAGCGCUGUUGCGAGUGGCUCUGUUUGUCGCGGUCAGGCUGGCUUCAAGUGCGCCCAUGUAAACAAUGAGUAGA